AUGUUCCCCGUCCACCCUGCCGCGUCUACCGCUACAACAACCCUUUUCACUCACACUGACCUGCUCUCUGCCCCACGUGUUCCUCCCUCUCCCCAUUUCUCUCCCCUUUCCCGCUCCCUUUUCUUCUCCCCGCCCCGCCCCCCUAUGCUCCACCCCUUUCCUUUCCCCCCACUUCCCCGCUACAGCAUAUCCGGAGUGGCCCCUCUCCUGGGUCGCAUCUACUACUACACCCCUGGCAGCGACACACCUGGGCGCAUGCCCGCUGGUAUCAACUCGGUUGUCACAGGCAUCGCCCUAAUAGGGGCCUUCUUUGGCAUGGUGAGGAAGAUGAGGGUCGUAACGGGCAUCAUCCUUUUGGGGACCUUGUUCGGCAUGGUGAGGGAGAUGAGGAGGCGUGGCAUGGUUGGGCAUGGGUUGGCUGGGCAUGGGUUGGCUGGGCAUGGGUUGGCUGGGCAUGGGUUGGCUGGGCAUGGGUUGGCUGGGCAUGGGUUGGCUGGGCAUGGGUUGGCUGGGCAUGGGUUGGCUGGGCAUGGGUUGGCUGGGCAUGGGUUGGCUGGGCAUGGGUUGGCUGGGCAUGGGUUGGCUGGGCAUGGGUUGGCUGGGCAUGGGUUGGCUGGGCAUGGGUUGGCUGGGCAUGGGUUGGCUGGGCAUGGGUUGGCUGGGCAUGGGUUGGCUGGGCAUGGGUUGGCUGGGCAUGGGUUGGCUGGGCAUGGGUUGGCUGGGCAUGGGUUGGCUGGGCAUGGGUUGGCUGGGCAUGGGUUGGCUGGGCAUGGGUUGGCUGGGCAUGGGUUGGCUGGGCAUGGUUGGCUGGGCAUGGGUUGGCUGGGCAUGGGUUGGCUGGGCAUGGGUUGGCUGGGCAUGGGUUGGCUGGGCAUGGGUUGGCUGGGCAUGGGUUGGCUGGGCAUGGGUUGGCUGGGCAUGGGUUGGCUGGGCAUGGGUUGGCUGGGCAUGGGUUGGCUGGGCAUGGGUUGGCUGGGCAUGGGUUGGCUGGGCAUGGGUUGGUUGCUGGGCAUGGUUGGCUGGGCAUGGGUUGGCUGGGCAUGGGUUGGCUGGGCAUGGGUUGGCUGGGCAUGGGUUGGCUGGGCAUGGGGUUGGCUGGGCAUGGGUUGGCUGGGCAUGGGUUGGCUGGGCAUGGGUUGGCUGGGCAUGGGUUGGCUGGGCAUGGUUGGCUGGGCCAUGGGUUGGCUGGGCAUGGUUGGCUGGGCAUGGGUUGGCUGGGCAUGGUUGGCUGGGCAUGGGUUGGCUGGGGCAUGGGUUGGCUGGGCAUGGGUUGGGGCAUGGUUGGGCAUGGGUUGGCUGGGCAUGGGUUGGCUGGGCAUGGGUUGGCUGGGCAUGGGUUGGCUGGGCAUGGGUUGGCUGGGCAUGGGUUGGCUGGGCAUGGGUUGGCUGGGCAUGGGUUGGCUGGGCAUGGGUUGGCUGGGCAUGGGUUGGCUGGGCAUGGGUUGGCUGGGCAUGGGUGGCUGGGCAUGGUUGGCUGGCAUGGGUUGGCUGGGCAUGGGUUGGCUGGGCAUGGGUUGGCUGGGCAUGGGUUGGCUGGGCAUGGGUUGGCUGGGCAUGGGUUGGCUGGGCAUGGGUUGGCUGGGCAUGGGUUGGCUGGGCAUGGGUUGGCUGGGCAUGGGUUGGCUGGGCAUGGGUUGGCUGGGCAUGGGUUGGGCAUGGUUGGCUGGGCAUGGGUUGGCUGGGCAUGGGUUGGCUGGGCAUGGGUUGGCUGGGCAUGGGUUGGCUGGGCAUGGGUUGGCUGGGCAUGGGUUGGCUGGGCAUGGGUUGGCUGGGCAUGGGUUGGCUGGGCAUGGGUUGGCUGGGCAUGGGUUGGCUGGGCAUGGGUUGGCUGGGCAUGGGUUGGCUGGGCAUGGGUUGGCUGGGCAUGGGUGGCUGGGCAUGGGUUGGCUGGGCAUGGGUUGGCUGGGCAUGGGUUGGCUGGGCAUGGGUUGGCUGGGCAUGGGUUGGCUGGGCAUGGGUUGGCUGGGCAUGGGUUGGCUGGGCAUGGGUUGGCUGGGCAUGGGUUGGCUGGGCAUGGGUUGGCUGGGCAUGGGGUUGGCUGGGCAUGGGUUGGCUGGGGCAUGGGUUGGCUGGGCAUGGGUUGGCUGGGCAUGGGUUGGCUGGGCAUGGGUUGGCUGGGCAUGGGUUGGCUGGGCAUGGGUUGGCUGGGCAUGGGUUGGCUGGGCAUGGUUGGCUGGGCAUGGGUUGGCUGGGCAUGGGUUGGCUGGGCAUGGGUUGGCUGGGCAUGGGUUGGCUGGGCAUGGGUUGGCUGGGCAUGGGUUGGCUGGGCAUGGGUUGGCUGGGCAUGGGUUGGCUGGGCAUGGGUUGGCUGGGCAUGGGUUGGCUGGGCAUGGGUUGGCUGGGCAUGGGUUGGCUGGGCAUGGGUUGGCUGGGCAUGGGUUGGCUUGGGCAUGGGUUGGCUGGGCAUGGGUUGGCUGGGCAUGGGUUGGCUGGGCAUGGGUUGGCUGGGCAUGGGUUGGCUGGGCAUGGGUUGGCUGGGCAUGGGUUGGCUGGGCAUGGGUUGGCUGGGCAUGGGUUGGCUGGGCAUGGGUUGGCUGGGCAUGGGUUGGGCUGGGCAUGGGUUGGCUGGGCAUGGGUUGGCUGGCAUGGGUUGCUGGGCAUGGUUGGCUGGGCAUGGGUUGGGCUGGGCAUGGGUUGGCUGGGCAUGGGUUGGCUGGGCAUGGGUUUGGUUGGGGCAUGGGUUGGCUGGGCAUGGGUUGGCUGGGCAUGGGUUGGCUUGGGCAUGGGUUGGCUGGGCAUUGGGUUGGCUGGGCAUGGGUUUGGCUGGGCAUGGGUUGGCUGGGCAUGGGUUGGCUGGGCAUGGGUUGGCUGGGCAUGGGUUGGCUGGGCAUGGGUUGGCUGGGCAUGGGUUGGCUGGGCAUGGGUUGGCUGGGCAUGGGUUGGCUGGGCAUGGGUUGGCUGGGCAUGGGUUGGCUGGGCAUGGGUUGGCUGGGCAUGGGUUGGCUGGGCAUGGGUUGGCUGGGCAUGGGUUGGCUGGGCAUGGGUUGGCUGGGCAUGGGUUGGCUGGGCAUGGGUUGGCUGGGCAUGGGGUGGCUGGCAUGGUUUGGCUGGGCAUGGGUUGGCUGGGCAUGGGUUGGCUGGGCAUGGGUUGGCUGGGCAUGGGUUGGCUGGGCAUGGGUUGGCUGGGCAUGGGUUGGCUGGGCAUGGGUUGGCUGGGCAUGGGUUGGCUGGCAUGGGUUGGCUGGGCAUGGGUUGGCUGGGCAUGGGUUGGCUGGGCAUGGGUUGGCUGGGCAUGGUUGGCUGGGCAUGGGUUGGCUGGGCAUGGGUUGGCUGGGGCAUGGGUUGGCUGGGCAUGGGUUUGGCUGGGCAUGGGGUUGGCUGGGCAUGGGUUGGCUGGGCAUGGGUUGGCUGGGCAUGGGUUGGCUGGGCAUGGGUUGGCUGGGCAUGGGUUGGCUGGGCAAUGGGUUGGCUGGGCAUGGGUUGGCUGGGCAUGGGUUGGCUGGGCAUGGGUUGGCUGGGCAUGGGUUGGCUGGGCAUGGUUGGCUGGGCAUGGGGGUUGGCUGGGCAUGGGUUGCUGGGCAUGGGUUGGCUGGGCAUGGGUUGGCUGGGCAUGGGUUUGGCUGGCAAUGGUUUGGCUGGGCAUGGUUGGCUGGGCAUGGGUUGGCUGGGCAUGGGUUGGCUGGGCAUGGGUUGGCUGGGCAUUGGGUUGGCUGGGCAUGGGUUGGCUGGGCAAUGGGUUGGCUGGGCAUGGGUUGGCUGGGCAUGGGUUGGCUGGGCAUGGGUUGGCUGGGCAUGGGUUGGUUGGGCAUGGGUUGGCUGGGCAUGGGUUGGCUGGGCAUGGGUUGGCUGGGCAUGGGUUGGCUGGGCAUGGGUUGGCUGGGCAUGGGUUGGCUGGGCAUGGGUUGGCUGGGCAUGGGUUGGCUGGGCAUGGGUUGGCUGGGCAUGGGUUGGCUGGGCAUGGGUUGGCUGGGCAUGGGUUGGCUGGGCAUGGGUUGGCUGGGCAUGGGUUGGCUGGGCAUGGGUUGGCUGGGCAUGGGUUGGCUGGGCAUGGGUUGGCUGGGCAUGGGUUGGCUGGGCAUGGGUUGGCUGGGCAUGGGUUGGCUGGGCAUGGGUUGGCUGGGCAUGGGUUGGCUGGGCAUGGGUUGGCUGGGCAUGGGUUGGCUGGGCAUGGGUUGGCUGGGCAUGGGUUGGCUGGGCAUGGGUUGGCUGGGCAUGGGUUGGCUGGGCAUGGGUUGGCUGGGCAUGGGUUGGCUGCUUGGCAUGGGUUGGCUGGGCAUGGGUUGGCUGGGCGAUGGUGGGCUUGGUGCAUGGGUUGGCUGGGCAUGGGUUUGGCUGGGCAUGGGUUGGCUGGGCAUGGGUUGGCUGGGCAUGGGUUGCUGGGCAUGGUUGGCUGGGCAUGGGUUGGCUGGGCAUGGGUUGGCUGGGCAUGGGUUGGCUGGGCAUGGGUUGGCUGGGCAUGGGUUGGCUGGGCAUGGGUUGGCUGGGCAUGGGUUGGCUGGGCAUGGGUUGGCUGGGCAUGGGUUGGCUGGGCAUGGGUUGGCUGGGCAUGGGUUUGGCUGGCAUGGGUUGGCUGGGCAUGGGUUGGCUGGGCAUGGGUUGGCUGGGGCAUGGGUUGGCUGGGCAUGGUUGGCUGGGCAUGGGUUGGCUGGGCAUGGUUGGCUUGGGCAUGGGUUGGCUGGGCAUGGGUUGGCUGGGCAUGGGUUGGCUGGGCAUGGGUUGGCUGGAUGGGUUGGCUGGGCAUGGGUUGGCUGGGCAUGGGUUGGCUGGGCAUGGGUUGGCUGGGCAUGGGUUGGCUGGCAUGUUGGCUGGGCAUGGGUUUGGCUGGGCAUGGGGUUGGCUGGGCAUGGUUGGCUGGGCAAUGGGUUGGCUUGGGCAUGGGUUGGCCUGGGUUGGUUGGGCAUGGGUUGGCUGGGCAUGGGUUGGCUGGGCAUGGGUUGGCUGGGCAUGGGUUGGCUGGGCAUGGGUUGGCUGGGCAUGGGUUGGCUGGGCAUGGGUUGGCUGGGCAUGGGUUGGCUGGGCAUGGGUUGGCUGGGCAUGGGUUGGCUGGGCAUGGGUUGGCUGGGCAUGGGUUGGCUGGGCAUGGGUUGGCUGGGCAUGGGUUGGCUGGGCAUGGGUUGGCUGGGCAUGGGUUGGCUGGGCAUGGGUUGGCUGGGCAUGGGUUGGCUGGGCAUGGGUUGGCUGGGCAUGGGUUGGCUGGGCAUGGGUUGGUUGGGCAUGGGUUGGCUGGGCAUGGGUUGGCUGGGCAUGGGUUGGCUGGGCAUGGUUUGGCUCGGGCAUGGCUUCUCUCCAACCCGCCUGUCCCUCUUCCCCAUCUCCCCACCUGCCCAAUCACAGCUAUUCUUUGGUCGCCUGGGUGACAGGUGGGGGCGCAAGCGCGUGUACGGCAUAACGCUCAUCAUCAUGAUGGUAGCAGCAGUGGGGCAGUCGCUCUCCUUCGGCUCCUCCCCCACGGCUGUCAUCUCCACUCUCUGCUUCUUCCGCUUCUGGCUGGGGUUCGGUGUUGGGGGGGACUACCCUCUGUCUGCUGUCAUCAUGUCCGAGUACGCUAACACCAAGACACGAGGAGGCUUCAUUGCUGCUGUCUUUGCCAUGCAGGGCAUGGGCAUCCUAGCAGCGGCGCUAUUCACGAUGGCCAUAGGGGCCCUCUUCAACGCAGCCUUCCCCUCGCCGCCCUUCGACGAGGGCGCUAUUGCCUCCACGCCCCCCCAAGCCGACUACGCGUGGCGAGUGGUGCUGGCAGCGGGGGCAGUGCCCGCAGCACUCACCUUCUACUUCCGCAUGACCAUGCCGGAGACCCCGCGGUUUACGGCCCUCGUGCAGCGGAAUGCCAAGCAGGCUGCAAGGGACAUGGGGCAGGUCCUGCGCUCGGCCUUUGAAGAAGCAGACGUGGAAAUCGAGCUAGCAACGGCGCCAGUGCGCACAUACAGCCUGCUGUCCCGCGAGUUCCUGCACCACCACGGCGUGCACCUGCUGGCCACGGCUGCUUGCUGGUUCCUGGUGGACAUAGCGUACUACUCGCAGAACCUGUUUAAUCGGGACCUGUUCACGGCUAUUGGGUGGGUCGCGCCGCCCUACAGCAUGAACGCGCUGCAGGAGAUGUACGAGCUCUCCAAAGCUACGGCGCUCAUGACCCUGUGUGCCACGCUCCCCGGCUACUGGGUGACGGUCUUCACAGUCGACAAGCUCGGGCGAGUCUUCGUUCAGCUACAGGGGUUCUUCUUCAUGACCAUAUUCAUGGGCCUCUUUGCGGGAUUCUACCCCAAGCUACACGGCGACCCCUGCACCCUCCCCUGCACGCCCACCGCUACUACACCCUGCCCGGAUCCUCCUAUAGAAGACCCUAGCCAUACGACGUGCGGGGGGAACCCAAUCGCGCUGCUGUGUUUGUACGCGCUGACGUUUUUCUUUGCGAAUUUCGGGCCGAAUAGCACGACGUUUAUCCUCCCCGCGGAGCUUUUUCCUGCGCGGUUCCGGUCGACGUGUCACGGGAUUAGCUCGGCUGCAGGAAAGCUGGGCGCGAUCGUGGGCUCGUUUGGGUUUGUGUACGCGUCACAGGAAAUUCCUCUGCAGGAGACUGCUUCGGCUGGGACUGUUUCGAGUAUGGGAUAUCCGCCCGGGAUUGGUGUGCAGAAUACGAUGUUUAUUUUAAUGGCGUGUGCGGGCGUGGGGUUUCUGUGUACCUUCCUGCUGCCAGAAACCAAAGGGAGAUCGCUUGAGGAGAUUUCCGGGGAGAUGGUAGAGAGUGAUGAUGAGGAGGACGAGGAGGAUGGGGAGGAUGUGGGGGAUGGGGAGGAGGGGGACGAUGGGGAGGAGAGGAAUGAGUACCGGUACCGAGAGCAGGAGAUUGGGUUGGAAGGGGUGAUGAUGGGUCACAGAUGGGAUGAGGAGGAAGAAGAGGAGGAAGAGGAGGAAGAGGAGGAUAGGGAGGAGUUAACAUUGGAACAAAUGGGAUUAGGAAGUCUUGUCAUGGAGGAGCAUGGGGGGGAAGAGGAGGGGCAUAUGCCACAGCAGCAGCAGCAGCAGCAGCAGCAGCAGCAGCAGCAGCAGCAGCAGCAGCAGCAGCAGCAGCAGCAGCAACAGCAUGACGGCGCGCAAGGGGUGUCUGCUGAAGCUCAAGAAGGAGCUCUCGUCCUUCCUCAAGGACCCUCCGCCGCACAUCCCGCUGACCUCCCGUCCCCCUUCCUUUCUCUCCCUCUCGCAUCCCCACCAGUCUCCAAUCUAUAUGAGAUACUCGCAUUCUCUCCCCUCUCAUUCCGCCCCCCCUUCCCCCCACUCCCCCGCCUCGCCCCCCUCCCCCCUUCCCUCCCUCGUAUGCAUCGUGCAUGUGAACGAGCGCAACAUGCUCGAGUGGCAUUUCCUCUUAGAAGGUCCCCUCGACACGCCCUAUCAGGGCGGGUGGUGCAUGUGAACGAGCGUAACAUGUUGGAAUGGCAUUUCCUCCUAGAGGGUCCCCCCGACACGCCCUACCACGGCGGGUGGUACGUGCAUGUGAACGAGCGAAACAUGCUGGAGUGGCACUUCUUAUUAGAGGGUCCCCCCGACACGCCCUACCACGGCGGGUGGUACGUGGCGAAGCUGCGCUUCCCCACGACUACCCCUUCCGCCCGCCCGCCAUCCUCAUGCUCUCCCCCUCCGGCCGCUUCAAGACCAACACGCGCCUCUGCCUCUCCAUCUCCGACUUCCACCCGGGCCAACACGCGCCUCUGCCUCUCCAUCUUUGACUUCCACCCGGGACCUUUCAAAGCUCUCAAGACCAACACGCGCCUCUGCCUCUCCAUCUCCGACUUCCACCCGGGUGAGUGUGGGGGGUGUGUGAGUGAGGGGGAUGUGUCAGUGGCGACAGUGGUGAUAGGCCUUCUGUCAUUCAUGGUGGAGAACACCCAGACCACAGGCUCGCUCGAGACCUCUGACGAUGACAAGCGGGCGUUUGCACGCGAGUCAGUGUCGUUCAUCCUGGCCUCUCCCCAGCUCAGCGCCAUGUUCCCAGAGCUGCCCCAGCUGGUGCAGGCGCAGAGAGAGCAGGGGGAGAAUGGGGAGACGGAGAGUGAGGGAGGGGCGAAGGAGAGAGACAUGGGGAAGGGGGGGCAAGCGGGGGCGAAAGGGAAAGAGGGGGAGAAAGGGGAGGAGGGGGGGGAUGAGGAGGAGGAGAAGAAACGGGAGCAGGAAGAGGGGCAAGGAGGGGAAGCAGGCAGGGGAAGAGAAGGGGGAGAGGAGAGGAGAGAAGGAACAGAGGGAGGAGAGGAGGGUAGUGGAGCAGCAGCAGCAGCAGCAGCAGCAGCAGCAGCAGCAAAAGCCUCGAUAGCCUCCCCCAUUGGUUCAUCCCCAGGCCUAAGCCCUGCCUCCUCCUCUUUCUUGCAUCGCCUGCUCUCUGCUGAAAGCAGGCUGCUGGGCAAAAGACAAGGGGAGCAGAUGCUGCCAGGAGGAGUCUGUGAGGAGGUGGGGUGUGACCCUGAUGCUGCAGGCUGUAGGGAUGAUGGAAAUGCUGGUGAUGGUAGUGGUGGUGGUGGUGGUGAGGGUAGUAAUGGCAGUGGCGGAGGUGGUGGUGGUGGGAGGAGAGAGGUGGAGGGAGGGGAUCCCGAGGGGGCUUUGGAGGAGAUUGAAGGGAUGUUGAGAGAAGUGGAGGUUGGCAGUGGGGAGGGGGUGGCGGGAGGAGAGAAGGGGGGAGAGGAGGGAGAGGUUGACGAGCACGGGAGUGAGUUGCAAAAGUGGAAAAACCGGCUACUCAUGUGCAAGGUGCGAUGUGGUGCAGAGCGGUGGAGUGCUGUACAGUCUGCUGAUGAACGCUGUGAGGAGGGCAAUGCUGGGGGCAGUGAGAGCGGGGCCGGGGACGGAAACAGCAGCAGCAGCAAGGGGCCGUGGGUGGUUGGUGCUUCGUCCUGGCUGCGACCCCAAGUCACACUGGAAGAGGUCGAAUCAUUCCGGGUGCGAGUGGAGGGGGCAAUUCGCCACAGAGCCAGAGGAGCAGAGCAGUACAAGAAGCGGUGCAUGGCAGCAGCAGUGCACGCAUUCUCCACAGCCAAGUCCUUUGUGCUCUCCUGCGCCGCCGUCCACUUCAACCUCGCUGCCGCGCUCGCUGCCCUCGCCCGGUGCGUUGCUGCUGUUGUUCAGUUCUUAUAA